GUCCAACAGUUUAGAAUGGACUAGGGAUAGCCACGCAUACACUAUAUCUAGAAAACAGUAUUUACCAAGGAAAAGACCUUGACGUUCAGGAACUUUGGGGACGCGGCAUCUAGCCUUAGGCUGAAAGUACUGCUAUUUGGACCCUUUUGUUAUUACUUCUUACUGUGAUCCUAAGCCAUGGCGGACGAAAUCUCCACGGAGUUGACGGCAACACAGUAUGUUAUCCUUGCCGAGAACCAACGCAAGAAGAAGGCGCUUGCGGAGACCAAGAGCCAGUUUAGCAGGGUCGCAGAUGAAAACCGAGUGUUGCUUAAGCAGCUGGAGGACACCCAGCGGGAAAACUAUCAGGUCACGGAGCACCUGCGGCGGGAGCUGCUGGCCAAGACGGAGAAGAUCGCAGCUCUUGAGGGGGACCUGGUCAAGCUCGCGCACGACAAGGACGGCGAGCUGGCCGCCUACCGCGAGGCGGCGGACAAGGAGAAGGGGCGCAUCCGGGCGGAGGGGGAGGCGCGGGCGCGGGAGCUGCAGGGCACCAUCGACUCGCUGCAGGCGGAGCUGUCCAACGUGUUGGAGUUCAAGGAGCGGCAGGCGGAGGUGGAGGAGGCGCUGAUGCGGCUGAAGGAGGAGAAUCAGGUGCUCUCGGAGAAGCUGGAGCAGCAGCGCGUGGAGCUGGACAGGUACUACUUUGAGCUCAACACACGCAUGCGCAAGGAGUACGAGCAGCGGCUCGAGGAGCUGAAGAAGAGCGCGGAGGAGGAGGUGGACGAGCGGCUGGACGCAAGCGUGAAGCGCAUCCUGGCGCAGAACAGGCGCAUGGCGGAGGAGCUCAAGAUACACGUGCAGGAGACGGAGGCCCUCCAAGCUGAGGUGCGGCUGCUGGAGGAGGCUCGCUCGCGUCUCACGCGGGAGGUGGGACUGAAGAGCGACCUGGAGGCGGGCUACGCGGCGCGCGGGGCGCGGCAGGCGGCGGCGCUGAAGGAGGCGGCGGGGCGGAUAGCGGCGCUGGAGGGCAGCCUGCAGCAGGUGGUCCAGGACUUUGACCGCGAGCGGCAGGCCAGCGCCAAGGCCUCCGCUGCCGCCCUGGCCGACGUGCAUGCCGAGGCGGAGGCGCUGAGGCGGCUGGUGAAGCUCAAGACGCGGGAGCUCAAGAACGUGAGGAGGCUGGCGCAGGAGGUGUUGCUGCAGCGCAGUGACGUGGAGGCCUUCCUGCUGUCCAGCCUGCAUGCGGUGCGGAGGGAGAUCGA